UCUUGCCUCUCAUUUGCCGGGAAAGCUCAACGACAUUCUCUGCAAGGGCGGUGUUUGUGAUGCAUUCGUAUACGCGCCUCGUUGCAACCACAAACAGGUUUCGAUCAGAGCGUUGGUAAUGCCGUCAAGCACCUCCAAAUUAUUUCCAGUCGGAGGAAGUCAAUGCGGAGUGCGAUGUAAGAAAGCUGCGCAGGACAAAGUAGCCCUGAUGCUGAGCAACAACCUACGGAGUGUGAUGCAAAAAUCGAUUGUUUUCAGGUUGCCCCAUCGUUCGGAAGAUAAACUCCAACCGAUCAUCGAAGAUUCUGAAACAAAAACGAGGAACAGAAGGAGACGAAGGAACGGGAACGUCGGGGAUGUCGGCAGUGAGGUCGGGCUUCUGGUUGGCUGCCCUGCCGGCUAUGGUUUCCGCGACAACCACUGCUUUCCUUGUUCUCCAGGUUCUCACAGCGAUAAUAUGGGCUCCCGGUGUAAGAAAUGUCCGGAAGGUACUCAUCAGCCGAAUGCGGGUGCCAGGACUUGUCGGACUUGUACUAAUCCCUUCAUCGAGGGUUGCUAUCGAAUGUUUUGGAAUUCUUCCUCCGCCGUCAUGGCGAUUUUAGUGAGUCUCAGUGCAAUAAUUACGAUUUUCAUGAUACUCGUUUGGAUGCUUUGCUGCAGCAAGGGCAAAAAAUCUGGCAGCGGCGGCGGUUCCUGUGCUCGCUCUACAGAAAUCGAACUCAAAUAUCAGCAAAGCGUAGCAGAUCAAUCGCUGCGACAGCCAUUGUUAGAGCCAUGCAGUAGAGAUUUAACGGAAGAUGACGAACGAUGGUGCGACUGCGAAAAAUUAAAGAAAAAAAAACGUUUGAUGCGGAAAAAAUUGAUUUUGUGUGGAGCAGAAGCGCCGCUGGGUCCUGCUUAUCGACCGGUUGAAGGACGACAGAUGACUGUUGAUCCGGAUGAAAAAACUGAACGAGUGAGAACCGUGCCGAUUUCGUGUGUCGACUCUUACCGAUCUCACAUCGGAGGUCACUCCAGAAAUAAUUUCCCACAAGUAUACGAUUAUGCAAAACCUCCGUUGCCGCUACCGGAUUUCCCCAGGUGACGGAAAACCCUCAGGAUUUCGAUUGGAACUCGACCUGAUAAAUAUUGGAGCACAAAAUCUGAGCUGUCAAUUUUGACAGUCACAAAAAAAAGAGAAGCGAAGCCCUAUAUGCUUGGAAACUUGAAGAAUCCAUUUAGACACGUGUUUACUUUGCACUAAUUUUAAAAAUGUUCUCAUACACACACUUAUACACAUGUAUAAAUAUAUACAAUAGAAAUAUUUUUAAUGGCAGGGUCAGAUACCGGAUGAAGAUUGAUAAAAUGUAAUUUUUAACUCACCGCUAAGUCCAUAAUUGUACAUUUUUUUUGCUUCGGUUUUUAGGGUU